AUACAUCGAUCGAUAUCUUUUAUAUUUACUUUAUAUUAAUUAACCAACCACAAUUAUUUAUCAGAUUAUUUAAAUAAAUUAUUUAAAUUUUCAAUGUCAGAUAUAACUUUCUAAGCGGACUAGGCGAAUUAAUCUUAUGUGAUGAAUCUGCCAUGUUCUUGUAAUCUUAUCGAAGGCAAAUUACCUUCAGAAAAUAACCUAGCUAGUGAUAAUUCAUCUGAAACUUCUUCUGGUACAAGGGUAGCUUAAGAUUUUAAUACAUUAUACAAAGAUACAUAAAAAGAAAAACAUUAGCUGAUCAAGACAAAAAGAGAAAAGGUCAGCUCUAAUUGUAAUCAAAACUGCAAUUUUUAAAAGGAUUCCAAAACUUCAAAUGGUUUGUUUUAAAAUAUCUCUGAUGGUGACUACAAAAGACCCGAAGAUUAAUAGAUUUUAAACUCUUCUCUUAAAGAAGACCAAAGCUAAUUGGCUGAGUAAAAAACAACAAGUAAAACUACCAACUAAGAGAUACAAAAUAUUAAGAUGAAAUGUAUAUAAUCAAUUUAGGGAUUACAACUAAAUAAAAAGAGAAAGUAAAAUGAAGUUAGCACUUCUUCUUUAAGCUAGUAAAAAGAGGAUAUCAACAACAUUCUAGAUAAAAAUGAGAAUUAAAAUUGUUUAAAUAAGCUAAAAGUAGAAGAUUUGAGCCUUCCAAGAAAAGUACUAAAGACUAAUAUAUCUAGCAAUCAACCAGCAACUAGUGAAGAAGAUAUUUCUAAGAUAAAUUAGAUUUAAGAUAGUUAUUAAUAAAAUUUGUGUCAACCAAAAAACUCUCAGCAAAUUAGAACAUAUAAUUAAACAUAAAAUUUACCUCACUCUGUCUCUUCUAUUGAGGAUUCAGAAGAAUCUUUCUCAUCAGAAAACAUAGAAUUAGACUAAGAAGCUUUAUAAAAAUAAAAUGUUAACAAACCAUUAUUAUAGUAAGGAUUGGCUGGCGAAAUAGUGGCGAAUGAUGAUUAAAAUGUUUAAAACAGAGAUAUUCUACUUUCACUUAUUAAUAAGGUAAAGAAAUCGUUCAAGUAAAAGAUCUAAUAAAUACACGAUAUUCGAGAUGAAACUAAAAUAGAAUUAGGCUAGAUUCUAAAUUAAAUUUAAACGCAUUGUAAUCAAAGCGAUUUAGGUGAUAAGGCUGAAAAAGAAGUAUAAUCUGACAAAUUUAAUUAGCUGAUUGAUAAGGCAAAUUCUAUGUAACUUCUAAAUAAAAAUGGGAGUUUAGAAGAAAAGGAUGUUAAACUAUGCCAAUUGAUUCAUAAAAUUGUUUCUUAAGACGAUAUCUAAACAAAUGAAAAUUAAGAUGCUCUCCAUCAAUAAUUAAUUGAAGUACAGUCAUAAUUAUCAUCUGAUUAUGAAAGCAUGGAAUGCAGAGAAGAAAGCAUUAGUGAUUUAGUUUAACCACCAAAUUUCAACUCUAAUUCUAUCUAAAUUUAAGCUGGAUAAUAAUUAUCUGAGAGUGUUUCAUCGAGUGAUGAUUCAGCAUUAAAUAAUGAUGACCAAGAGUUAGAAAAUCAUGAGAAUGAUAAAUAUAUCUUUAUUUCUGAUACUGAAGAACAAUCAGACAAUUAAAUAAAAUUCGACUCAAGCUAAUAUGAAAAUGAUUACAUUCUUAUCCUUGAUUUGGAUAACACCCUUGUGCAUAGUUAUAUGGGUGGUCCUUCUAUUCUUGGAAAAGGAGAUCCAACAGUCAAUAAAAUUGAAACUCAUGUAAAUUAGUAGAAACUGUAUAUCAAAAGAAGACCCUAUUUGAAAGAGUUCUUUGAAGUUGCAUUCAAAAAUUUCAAAGUAGUCAUGUACACUUUAGGAUCUUUAGGUUAUGCCAAGGCUGUUUAUUAUCUCCUUAAAAAAGAAUACCCUGAAAUAUUUUCAUAAUAUGGUUUUUUGAAAAUAAUCGCCUAAAAUACUUAAAAAACAACAGCCUAUACAGCAGUUUAGCAAAUAUCUUCACCAUAAGUUGCUGUUUAAUAAAAUAAUUCCUAACCAUAGUUAAAUAAUAAUAGUAAUAGUGAUAGCGAAUCAAAUUAAUAAUUGUAAAAAAACUGCGAUUCCUAAUAAAAUCCCUCACUUUAACAACCUGUCUACACAAAUAAAUAUCUUAAAAAUAUAUCAAAAUAUUUCCCACCAGAAAAGUUUUCUAAAAGACUUUUAAUAUUUGAUGAUAACUCAAGAGUCUAUGAGCAAAGUUGGUGGAAAAAUGCCAUUUUUACUAAACCUUAUUACUUUUGGUUGAAUAACAACAACUCUAUUUCUACUUCUUCAGAUAGUUUUUUAUACUUUGCAGCUGAGUUGCUUAAGCGCAUUUUACGUCACACAUAACGUAAUACAAUUGAUCUUCCAUUAAUAUAUCAGCUAAUCAGAAGAUAACUAUUGCAUAAAUGCAAAUUUUUCAUUCUAAAUGAUAAUCCAGAGAGAGAAAAUCUAGAAGAAUUAAUCAAAGAACUCGGAGGGUCUAUUAUUCCAAAACUUUAUGAGAGAAAUUAAAUUAAAUAAAAUUAAUAAUAAAAGAAUAGUAAAAUAAAUGAAGAUAAAACUAAAGAAGAAGAAAUUACUCUUCCAAAUUAUAUUAUUUUAAGCGAAUUAUCUGAGGCUAAUGUGGGUACUUAAAAAUUUGCGUUUAAUCAUGGAAUUAAAAUAGUCUCUUCUGAUUGGAUCAAAUAUUGCUUUUUACUAAACUUUAAAGUAUCUAGUGACAUCUUUAUCUUACACAACUACACUCAAUAUUAAUAAUCAUAAAAUUACCCAAAUUUAGAAACAGAUUUAGUCAAUUAAUUUAUUUUGCAUUCACAAGCUUAAAAUAAUUUAUAAAAAUAAUGA